CCGCUUCUGCUCCUGUCCCCCAGCGACCCCGACACCCAUCCCCAACCCAGCCAUGGCCGACGACGGGCAAGUGAAGAAACGGCGCCAGAACGUGGCAUGCGACGCCUGCAAGCUUCGGAGAGUCCGCUGUGACCUCUCCACUCUGCUCCAAUUCGACCCCUCCAGUGACCCUGCCGCAGAGACCAGCACCCACACGCCUUCGCUGGCCGAUCUCGUACGCCAGAACCCAGACGUCGAGUGCACCAAUUGCACAAAUAAGGGCAUCAAAUGCUCCACAAACCAGAUUCUUAAUCCAACGCGCCCAAAAAAAGGAGGCCGACGCAUCGACCAAGCCAAAAAGAUAUUUGGUGGCGGCGACGACGAUGCUACAGUCAGCGAGAGAGAGCCCUCUUCGAGUUCUGGAGGGUCUGGUAGAAAUACAGGGUCGCUCGUAGACCCCGUAGCGCCAUCUUGCAUCCACCCAAAUGCUCCGCCAGCAGAUUGGGCGCAGGAUUUGUUGUCGACUUAUGGCCUUCAAACGGACUAUCCCACUAUCCCGCUCGACCCGUCGUUGUCGUCUACCAAUGGUUCAUUCACGUAUCAAGCCUCGAACCCAUCGCAAGGCGCAAAAAUAUCUAAUCUCCAUCCUCCUAUGGACUUUCUGGGACCUCCGCCAGAUUCUUUCGCCAUCACGGGUAAUACCCGCGCGAUGACUCCCCGCUCGAGCGGCAAUUUUGACAGACGUCCAAAUCACGCGUCCGUUUUGGACACUCCAAUAUGUUCCAACAGUCCCUCUUUUGACAACAUACCCGGCCGAAAGAGGCGACGCGACGCCUAUCACACACCGAGUACAAAGGGCGCCCGAGAUAAGGUCGUGGUCAGGCGUAAAGAUCCUUGGCACUUGUGGGCGGAGGGAGGAUCGCGGGCAGCUGUGAACUGGGGCAUGGCAGAGCAUGUGCAGGAACAUCUGGCGGAUAAGGCUCUGGGUGUGGAGCUGAGCAGACACUUGGUGUCAACCUUUUUCCAAGCUGUGCAUCACUUUUACCCAUCUAUCUGGCCCGAAUCAUUCCGCUCGGAAUGGACAAGGGCUGGACAAAGAUCGGAUAGAAUGACGCCCGCUCAAGAGGUGCUUUGCGCGACUAUUGAAGCUUGGGGUGCACACUACUCUGACUCACCCGUCAUUCUUGGGCCGCCUCCAGACGAAAUCGAAUCAAAUACAAACGCUGGCAACCCCAACGAAAGUCGCCCUCCUGAACACCAGAUUCAAGCGUACUGGGGGCAAGCUCGCAAUAACGCGUGCAUCGCGCUCAUUGACCGCGCCCGACGUAUAGCCGAUACCAAUGGCGUCCUCCGAAAACCCACCUUGACGGGUGUACAAUCUCUCGUACUAUUUUGUCAGCUGCUACACGCCUCAAAUCAACCAGGAAAGGUGGAAGAGAUACACAUGGAGGCCCACAUGCUACAGGUAACCAUCCUGGAGCAGAUGAAGGUUCUUGGUCUCAUGUGGCAAUCUGACCGCGCAAUUGUAACAGACAAGGAAGAGCUACCGGUGUCUCAGACCGAGCUGCGAAUCAAUCAAAUACGAUUGUUCUGGUCUCAGAUGGUCAUAGAUACUUGGUGGGCAGCCUCCUAUGCUCAGCCGUCCCGGAUCUCCGAUGAAGAGUUUGAAGCUGCGGGUAACUGCAUGGCGUUGCUCAAAGGCCGCAUUCCGCCCAUCUCAUAUGAAGGUCUCUCCCUCUUUGUCUCGAUAUACUAUCGCAUAGCGAAAGCCGGACGCGAUGUGACUGUCAAGCUGGCGAUUCCAAAUAGGAAGAAGGGCGCUGUGGAUGUCGAUCAGUUCUGCAGCGAUGUGCGGCAGAUCUGGCAAGACUUUACAUCCAUUUCCCAGGAUCUGGACAGGCGAACGGCCUCGGUCCUCAGAGAUUGCCACGAUGAAGACUUUGUCGGCUUUUCUCCGCUGAAUUAUCUGACCCACAAUCAACUCGCUGGACCAUUCUUCCCUUUCCUUAUCCACAAGAUCAUCCGAGACCAACUUGUAUUCCGGAAGAACGUCGUUUCGUCCUACACCGACGCCAGACAACGCAUCAGACAACCCGAUGCGGAAGCGGCAAGACAAUGGAGGAAGGCCCAAGACGAUGUGGACAAGCUGGAGGCUUUGCAGAGAGAUAGUGUGGAUUUGUUGCUAUGCUGCUGUCGAAGACUUGUGUCAGUGUCCAAUAUUCUACUUCCUACGGGUGUGAUGCAUGCGGCAUCGGUCGUUCUGGGAGUGCUCCUGGCUGGAGCUCAAGUGCUGGCUUCUGUACCGACAAAUGAGCAGGGGUAUCCUGCCGAUACGCCGGGAGGCUAUGGGUGGACCUGGAAGACGAAACAGGAAGCGAUAGUGUGCUGUAUCAGAGUUCUCAAUGAAGUCGGAUGGGCCUGGGACGAUGCCGGAAAGCUGCUGAGAGAGACUGUCCUGCCAGCAAUGGAGCAAUCUGCUCGCCUGCAUCAAGAGCUGUCGAUGAACCACCAAGCGUCGUUCUCUCAGCCUCCCCCGGAUUCGGCGGUCGCACAAAGACAGCUCGAGCAAGACCGAGGGAUCCAAGAAGCCUUGGAUGCCGUCAUGAGGUUCUGGCCCCCUGUCCGUGAUUCAGACAUUGCCGAACCUCAUCAACAAGCAAACCACAAUGAUGAACUCUGGAGCGCAGAAUUCUCUGCUCAGUCAGGGCGCAUCGAGUCCUCUGCUACGCAGCGCAAUGAUGAAACAGGGACAGAGUCGGCGGAAAGAGGCGCGAACGCCGUCCCCUCCGACAUCUGGGCAGGCGCCAGCUCGCGUCAGCCAGCAGGCUUUUCAUCAGGCCUUGGGGCCUUCUAUCCCAGCACGAAUCCUAGCUCAACGUUGGAAACGCCGCCCCCAGCACUAUUCUACAAUUCUUUUGCCCCGAGUGAGAGCUUGUCUGGGCCGAGCAAUGCCUUCUACGUGAACCCCAUGGGGUUCUCUCAGCCUGCCCACAUCCCAGCAGCUCCUGCCAUGGGCCAGAGCAACGAGGAUCUAGGCAUGCAUAUGGACAGGGAUCCGGCGGGGGGUCACAUCAUGAGGGACGCUGUGAAUUCAUUUCGCACGGGGGGAGCGGAAGAUGGGCAGGAGCUGCAGAAAUUUUUGAGAGAUUGGGGAAUGGGGCAUCCUGGGCAGACACACCAAAAUAUAUAAUAGUGGAAGCAUCGAUGUCAUCCUUUGUAACAAUAUAUGAUCAUGCAGUGAACAACAGUUCACACCACGAGCACGAAC